AGUCAAUAAAAUGGCAGGAGGUUUACUUAGCACCCUCAGAUUUGGGUUUUUGACUGGAGGAGUUGGAUUGGCAUUCUCACCGUACCUCCUCAAAGUCUUUCGGCCUAGCCCAGCCGUUCUUCGUCUUAUUUUAAAUGUCUCUUGGGGCGCCGUAUUCGGAUCUCACUUUUGGUUCCUGUUUAUAUCCAAGCGCGGCAUUCCAGAUGGUGAAGGGGAUCACUUGUUAGAGAAUAAAGGAGUAACUGAUCUUUACAAGUUCCACUUUCUAUCAAUUUUGGGCAGUGGUUUGCUGCUAUUCUCCAUCUCUGGUUUGGCGCCAACAUAUCACAAAUUUAGAAUUUGUGCGUAUGUUUCACUUUGUGCCUCCAUUCUCGGUCUUGGCAUAAAGUGGCUCGAGGAUGCUGAUGACGAACCAAAGGGAAUUGCCAAGAUUCUAUCUAGAAGGGCAUUUUCAAAGUUUUUCCAACUGACAACGUUCUUAUCAGUUACCGCUUUUGCUCUCUCCUAGUUCAAAUGAGGGUACUGGAACAUACUAGCGAGUCCAACGAGGGUUUGUUUCCUGAACUCAUGGGCAUUUACUGACAAAAUACCCGAGAGUCGCGGGACAACAAACUGCUGGACAAGUGCACAUAAAAGUAUGGACA